GUUGCGCCAGGGCGAGGCAGUCGCGUCCGUGUAGCCAGCCGCUGUAUCGGGAGGCCGGGCGUCCGAUCUUGGCUUGGGAAGCCGGCCGGAGCCGUUUUCCAAAGAGGCGCCUCCCGACGACGUCUUCCCCGCUUCUGGAGACGCGUCAUGUCAGGCUUGGAUUAUCUGGCCGCCGAGUGCCUGAUGUCCAUCUCCAGCGGGGCCUUGAUCCACCCGGCCUCCGGCCUCAUCAGCGUCAAAGAAGAGCGAGGAGGGCGUCCCCCUUCCCUCCCCAGCGCCUGUCACCCGGGCCGCCCCGGCUCUGCGCUUUCGGACAGCAGCGGGAGCUGCUCCUCAUCGCCCGGAGGGAGCGAGCUGCGAAGCGGCGUCCCGGUCCUGCCGCAGGCGGGGGAGCUUCCCCGAAGAGCCGGCGCAGACAGCCCCGCCAGCCUCUCGGCCAUCUCCCCGGCCAAAAGGCACCAGUGCCCUUUCCAAGGCUGCAUUAAGGUCUACGGCAAAUCCUCGCAUCUGAAGGCGCAUCUCAGGACGCACACCGGUGAGCGUCCAUUCCCAUGCAAUUGGGCUGGCUGCCAGAAGAGAUUUGCACGCUCUGAUGAGUUAGCCCGCCACUUCCGCACCCACACCGGCGAGAAGCGCUUUGCCUGCCCACUCUGCGAGAAGCGAUUUAUGCGGAGCGACCACCUGACCAAGCAUGCCCGCCGCCACCCAGCUUUCCAGCCUGGCAUGGUCCGACGAUCUGACUGCUACAGAGCCUCUCCUACUGACUCAGCUGGCAGCAGCUUGGCCGGAAGCCCCGCCCCUGGCAGCCCCGCCUCUGACAGCCCUGCCCCUUAAAGGGGGCAUGCCACCUUGUUUUUUGCCCUUCCCAGACCUGGCCUCUAGGGAGAGAUCGGGUACAAUUUCAGAGGCAUUUUUUUGAUUCAGAAACUUGGUUUUCCCAUCACUUCUGGUUAUGGUUUAAUAUGCCUUAUUUCAGAAAAAAAAAGCUCCUUCUUGUGCUUGGUGGGCAUUUUGAUUACUGUACCAAUCCCUCUCCCUGCUUGCUUCCAAGCUGUAGCCUCUAUGCACAUUCCCAUUCCACCCAGGCUGAGGGUGGCAGGAUUUGUGGAAACCAGUCGAGCAGACGUGAUUAAACUUUGUUGAUGUUCCUUUGGAAAAAAGGCCCCCAUGUGGCUCUCAGUCAGGGGCUAAUCGAUGAUUUCCUAGCCCUUGGUCAAAGAGAUAGUCCCACCAUCACUUUGCCUCGGUUUCCCAGCUGCAAAGAGACUUUAUUCCAGGGGUGUGCAACCUUGGCAACUUUUAAGACCCGUGGUUCACUUUCCUCAGCCUGGAGAAUUCUGGGAGUUGAAGUCCACAGGUCUUAAAAUUGCCCAGAUUGGACACCUCUGCAUUAUUCCAAGGUCUGUGUUUGAUAUUGUUGGAACUGUUCAGCCCAACUCUUCCCUAUUAUAAUGAGAAUGCUGAUUUCCUCAUUAAUUGUAGCCCUCAGGAAAAGAAAGUACUUUCUUCAAGUUUCACUUAGCUUUAAGCCUCUCUUUUUGGCCAACCUAUUGAUAAAGAAGAAACUAUUGACUCUUCGUAUUUAGAAAGAGAGCAGGGUGAAAACUGCUUUCUAUGCCUUUGGCCUCUUUGCAUUUGAUAAUCAGAAUUAACUUGCCUCUGAAUAAGGAGGAUCCCUCUUUAGCUAUCAAGGCUAACGACAAACCAUACGAAAUCAUGGCUUUCCAUCUUUCCAUCUCCCCAUC